AUGCUGCCUGCUUACUGCCGGCCCGCCCUCUGCUGCCCUGCGCUGCCUGCGUGCGCCCUGCCUGAGCCGCCUGCGCAUUGCCCUGCGCUGCCCGCUCCCUGCCCUAUCUUGCGUUGCCAAGACGCCAGCUCGCGCCCCUGCCGCCGCGCGCUGCCCUGCCCUGCCCUGCUUGCCCUGCUUGCGCGCAUGCUGCUGCUGCCUGCACCCGCCCUGCCAAGCCGCCCUGCCAAGCCGCCUAGCCACGCCGCCCUGCCGAGCCGCUCCCCCUGCACUAGUGCUGCCUUUGCCCGCGCACCAGUGCCGUUCUGCACCAGUACAGCAGCUACUGCCGCCCUUACUGCUGCUACUGCUACUACUGCCACUGUUGCAGCUGCUGUUACUGCUACUAUGACGACUCCCACUGUGCUCACCUUUGACGCCGAGGGCCACGCGAUAGAUUUUGAGACCUGGCUAGAGGACCUCCACUGGUACCUGCAGAGCGUUACUAGGGAGAAUGCAUCUCUUUUUGAGCAUACCUCGGGGUCCCUCGAUGCCCUUGCUGCCUCAGCUGACCACGUAGACAAGUCCCAGUGGACUUCUCAUGACGCUACUGCCGCUCUUUCUGUCCGCACUCACCUUCCGCUAGACCAGCGCACCCACUUUCGCCAGCUUAAGACGGCCAAUGCACUUUUCGAUGCUGUAAUCAAGCGCUACUCCUCCCCGUCGUCUGCCACUGUAGGCCGUCUGGCGCUGCCGUUCCUCUUUCCUGAGCUGUCACACUUCACCACUAUCACCCUCGCCUCGUUUGAGUCCCGUCUCUUAGAGGCUGAGUCCGCUGCCCUAGAUGUCGCUGCCUCCCGUGGCACUCCUCUCCCGUCGGUCUUUGAGGGGUGCCCCCCCUCCCUGCUCGCGCCGUCUGUUGCCUCUGCUGCUGCUGUGGACUUCCUUAGUGCUGAGGAGGUCGGUGCUGCGUCUGCUCGUAGUGGGAGGCGCCGCAGCGGCAAGGGCAAGGGUGGCAAGGGUGGGGGUGGUGGGGGUGGCGGGGAUAGCGGUGGUGGUGGCGGGGGUGGUGGUGGUGGGGGAGGAGGAGGUGGAGGCGGCAAAGGAGGAGGAGGGGGUGGUGGGAGCAGUGGGGGUGGUGGAGGGGGUGGGGGUGGCACUCGGAGUGGAGCUGGCGGAGGAGGAGCUGGAGGUUCGGCCACUCGCACAGCUGCGUCUGGUGGUGCAGCGGGUGGUGGAGGUGGCUCUGGGGGUGGUCAGCAGCAGCAGCUGAGUCGACAGGUGCCGCUCUCGUCCCAACAGCUUCGUGAGUGGGCGAUCUGCCGUGGCAGCUCAGGUGGCCCAGCUCGCUGCGGGUACGUCCGUCGCACAGGUCAGCCUGGAGCGACUUGCAGUCGCACCGACCACACGGAGCCUCGCUGCUUCUUUCGCCUCGACGAUCUGCAUCGUGCGGAGCAUGGUCUCCACCUCCCCUCGUUCGCUAAGAACUUGGCGGCUACCACUGUUCUCCAGGACGAGUUGGUUACUGUCACCCAGCCUGGGGGAGAGCUCGUGGCGAUCUGUACGGACUCACGCACUGGCGAGCACCUCGCCACGUUCACUCAGAGGCAUGGGUCUGGCCUUAACACACUGACCACUGAGUAUGCACAGGAAGCUGAGUUAGGUCCAGUAGCUGCGUCAGGUGAGGUAGCUGCGUCCUGUUCGUGUCGACUCCUCACGCAACCGGCUGUGCUUUGGCACCACCGUCUUGGUCACCCCUCCCAACUGCGUCUGCGCAGCAUGCACUCCCGUCUCCUUGUCUCUGGCCUCCUCAUGUCCCUGCCCCCGCUCCCGAGGUCGCUUGCGCCGCAGUGCCUUACCUGCGUCGAGGGGCGGCAGCGUGCCGCUCCUCACUCCUCCUCGUUUCCUCCGACCACAUCUCCUCUGCAGACCCUCCACAUGGACGUGUGGGGUCCAGCCCGCAUCACUGGACUGGGCAGAGAGCGCUAA